UCACAAAGUAAUAGAUAACAUUAUAAAUACAAAAGGAGAAGAAGUAUGAAGUAUAAUGUUAUACCAUCUUUUUAUAUUAAAGGUAUCAUCAGGACAGAAGAAGGAAAAUACUAUAUAAAUGCAACAUAUACAUAAACCAAACUGGCCAAAAGCACUCACUCCAAGGUGGUUCAACAU